GAUAUAACGAUGGAAGCUCCCCGAGUCUGUGGUCUAAACCCUACAGCGGGAUCCUCCUCCUUCCUUUUCGUACCCUGAAAUAUCCUCAUUGCUCUCUUCUCUUCAAAGCCGCGCCUCUGUCUCUGCUUAAGGACUGCUGGAGCAUAGGUUUGCUCUAUCUCUCUCCCUCCCCCGCUUUCCCUGUAGUCAUCAAUGGCCGCUCCGGCACCUUUGUCUACUGUAAGCCCCAAAACAGUAGACAAAGCUGUAAACGCUCUCCUGAAAUGGCGAACUGCCAAAUCCGAGACUCAAAAACCUCAACUGCUUGAACACGAUGAAUUCGUAUACCUAAUUUUAACCCUUAAAAAAAUCCCACAAAAGGGUGUGAGCCGCAUCAAUGCCCACAAAAUCUCCCUCCCUAACCCCUUACUUAACCCUCAAAACGACAACUCAGAGCUGUGCUUAAUCAUCGAUGACAGACCCAAAUCCGGCCUUACCAAAGACGCUUGUAGGAAGAAGAUCCAAAACGACAACAUACCCAUCUCCAAAAUCAUCAAGCUUUCCAAGCUCAAGACUGAUUAUCGUCCUUUUGAGGCGAAAAGGAAACUAUGUGAUUCGUAUGAUAUGUUCUUCGCAGAUAAAAGGGUGAUCCCUCUCUUGCCUAAGAUGUUGGGGAAGCAGUUUUUUAAGAAGAAGAAGAUUCCGGUGGCAGUGGAUUUGAAGCACAAGAACUGGAAGGAGCAGAUUGAGAAAACAUGUGGGUCAGCUUUGUUGUUUUUGAGGACUGGGACUUGUAGUGUCGUUAAAGUAGGAAAGAUUUCAAUGGGGAGAGAGGAGAUAGUAAAUAAUGUUGUGGCUGCAAUAAAUGGGAUUGCGGAGAUUGUGCCUAGGAAGUGGGGUGGUAUUAGGUCUUUCCAUUUGAAGUUGCUUAAUAGCUUGGCUUUGCCCGUUUAUCAGGCGCUUCCUGAUUUUAAGUUGAAGAUUGAAGGGGUUAAAGAGGAGGAGAAAAAGACGGAAGAAUUUGAGGAAGAGAUGGUUAAGGAGGAGAAAGUGAAAAAGAAGAAGGGAAGGAUACAUGAGAUUAGGUAUAUGGAUAACAAUGUGAAUGACGAUGAUAUUGAGUUGGAUAGUGAAGGAGAUGUUGGUAUUGAUUAUGAUGAUAAUGAGGGUAAAACUAGUUCUGCUGAAGUAGAGGUUAAGAAGAGAAAGAAGGGAGACAAAGAGAAAAAUGAGAAGAAGACUAAAGUGAAGAAAGGGGAUGGCGUCAAGCAAAAGAAAAAUGUAGAAAAAACAAAAAAAGAGCAUGGUAUUAAACAGAAUAAGCACAAGAAAGGUCAGUUGGCUUCAGCUGAAUUGAAGUGAAAUGCGAAGCUUUUAGCAGAAACAAUGUAGAUUAUUUUCAUCCUUUACAGUUUUGGUAUGAGCUCUUUUUUUUUUUUUUUUUUUUUUCCUUUGUGGUCUUUUUAUAUUUCAGUACUAUCGGUGAGAAGUUAUUAGAACUUAAUUAACUAAUUUUCAUUAACUCCCUCACUUUCUUUUCA